AUGAUAUUAAAUACCACCAGCUUUUUGCUUAUUCUAGUCUGUCAGGCAUGGGGCCAAUCAAUAAAGAUAAGGAUACCAGUGUGGGAUGCUUCCACAAUAUUUUCGAGGCUGACUGGAAUCGGAAUAAAUUCAGGAAAUACUAAUAAUCAAAAUCCAUCAAACCAGCCGAAUAACAAUCAAAAGAAUGUCGAAUACAACGAUUAUCUAAAUAACUAUUAUAAUAAUUAUUGGGCCAGUGCAUACCAAAACGUUCCUAAUUAUGACCCUUAUGGGUAUUACAGCCCGUACGGACCUUUCGGAUACCAGACUGUAACAACACCGACAGUCACACAAACAACAACUCCGAUGGUUCCAACGACAACAGCGGUUAUUUCAACAACUGAAACGCCGAUUUGUGCAGUCUUUCCUCAUCUUCCAGCGUGUCAAACAUCAACCAUGCCAACUAGCACUACAUCCGAUUCGACGACGUCAUCCACACCCAUGCCCACGUCCACCACAACAACCGAAAGGAUAACAACAUCCACAUCGACCACCACAACUACAUCAACGGAGUCGUCGACAACAUCCACGGCAAUUCCGACAUCCACAACAAGCGAUAGCUCUUCAACCGCGAUCCCAACAUCCUCGACAUCGGACUCUACGACAACGUCUAGCACUAGUUCAUCAACGGAACCAACGACAACAUCCACGGCAAUUCCGACUGCCACAACAAGCGAAAGCACUUCAACAUCAACCGCGAUCCCAACAUCCUCAACAUCAGAAUCUACGACUACGUCCACUACAAGUCCAUCAGAUUCUACGACGACUUCCACUGAAAGUUCGACGUCCACAACAACCGAAAGUACUUCAACUACCUCAACAACAACCGAAAGGAGUACAACAUCCACCGCGAUCCCAACAUCCUCCACAUCGGACUCCACGACUACGACCACUGCAAGUCCAUCAGAUUCUACAACUACCUCAACAACAACCGAAAGUAGUACAACAUCCACUGCGAUCCCAACUUAUUCAACAUCAGACUCUACGACUACGUCCACUGCAAGUCCAUCAGAUUCUACGACAACAUAUACUGAAAGUUCGAUGUCCACAACAACCGAAAGUACUUCCACUUCCUCAACAACAACCGAAAGUAGUACAACAUCCACGGCGAUCCCAACAUCCUCAACAUCAGCCUCUACGACUACGUCCACUGCAAGUCAAUCAGAUUCUACGACAACAUCUACUGAAAGUUCGACGUCCACAAUAACCGAAUGUACUUCAACUUCCUCAACAACAACCGAAAGUAGUACAACAUCCACCGCGAUACCAACAUCUUCAACAUCACACUCAACGACUACGUCCACUUCAAGUCCAUCAGAUUCAACGACAACAUCCCCUGAAAGUUCGACUUCAACAACAACCGACAGUACUUCAACAUCCACCGCGAUCCCAACAUCCUCGACAUCGGACUCUACGACAACGUCUAGCACUAGUUCAUCAACGGAACCAACGACAACAUCCACGGCAAUUCCGACUGCCACAACAAGCGAAAGCACUUCAACAUCAACCGCGAUCCCAACAUCCUCAACAUCAGAAUCUACGACUACGUCCACUACAAGUCCAUCAGAUUCUACGACGACUUCCACUGAAAGUUCGACGUCCACAACAACCGAAAGUACUUCAACUACCUCAACAACAACCGAAAGUAGUACAACAUCCACUGCGAUCCCAACUUAUUCAACAUCAGACUCUACGACUACGUCCACUGCAAGUCCAUCAGAUUCUACGACAACAUAUACUGAAAGUUCGAUGUCCACAACAACCGAAAGUACUUCCACUUCCUCAACAACAACCGAAAGUAGUACAACAUCCACUGCGAUCCCAACAUCGUCAACAUCAGACUCAACGACUACGUCCACUGCAAGUCAAUCAGAUUCUACGACAACAUCUACUGAAAGUUCGACGUCCACAAUGACCGAAUGUACUUCAACUUCCUCAACAACAACCGAAAGUAGUACAACAUCCACCGCGAUACCAACAUCUUCAACAUCGGACUCUACGACUACGUCCACUGCAAGUCCAUUAGAUUCAACGACAACAUCUACUGAAAGUUCGACGUCAAUGACAACUGAAAGUAGUACAACAUCCACCGCUAUCCCAACAUCCUCAACAUCGGACUCUAUGACUACGUCCACUGCAAGUCCAUCAGAUUCUACGACGACUUCCACUGAAAGUUCGACGUCCACAACAACCGAAAGUAGUACAACAUCCACCACGAUCCCAACAUCUUCAACAUCAGACUCAACGACUACGUCCACUGCAAGUCAAUCAGAUUCUACGACAACAUCUACUGAAAGUUCGACGUCCACAAUAACCGAAAGUACUUCAACUUCCUCAACAACAACCGAAAGUAGUACAACAUCCACCGCGAUACCAACAUCUUCAACAUCAGACUCAACGACUACGUCCACUGCAAGUCCAUCAGAUUCUACGACAACAUCUACUGAAAGUUCGACGUCCACAACAACCGAAAGUACUUCAACUUCCUCAACAACAACCGAAAUUAGUACUACAUCCACCGCGAUACCAACAUCUUCAACAUCAGACUCAACGACUACGUCCACUUCAAGUCCAUCAGAUUCAACGACAACAUCCACUGAAAGUUCGACUUCAACAACAACGGAAAGUACUUCAACAUCCACCGCGAUCCCAACAUCCUCAACAUCAGAAUCUACUACUACGUCCACUACAAGUCCAUCAGAUUCUACGACGACUUCCACUGAAAGUUCGACGUCCACAACAACCGAGAGUAGUACAACAUCCACUGCGAUCCCAACUUCUUCAACAUCAGACUCUACGACUACGUCCACUGCAAGUCCAUCAGAUUCUACGACAACAUAUACUGAAAGUUCGACGUCCACAACAACCGAAAGUACUUCAACUUCCUCAACAACAACCGAAAGUAGUACUACAUCCACCGCGAUACCAACAUCUUCAACAUCAGACUCAACGACUACGUCCACUUCAAGUCCAUCAGAUUCAACGACAACAUCCACUGAAAGUUCGACUUCAACAACAACGGAAAGUACUUCAACAUCCACCGCGAUCCCAACAUCCUCAACAUCAGAAUCUACGACUACGUCCACUACAAGUCCAUCAGAUUCUACGACGACUUCCACUGAAAGUUCGACGUCCACAACAACCGAAAGUACUUCAACUACCUCAACAACAACCGAAAGGAGUACAACAUCCACCGCGAUCCCAACAUCCUCCACAUCGGACUCCACGACUACGUCCACUACAAGUCCAUCAGAUUCUACGCCGACUUCCACUGAAAGUUCGACGUCCACAACAACCGAGAGUAGUACAACAUCCACUGCGAUCCCAACAUCCUCAACAUCAGACUCUACGACUACGUCCACUGCAAGUCCAUCAGAUUCAACGACAACAUCUACUGAAAGUUCGACGUCAACGACAACCGAAAGUAGUACAACAUCCACCGCUAUCCCAACAUCCUCAACAUCGGACUCUAUGACUACGUCCACUGCAAGUCCAUCAGAUUCUACGACGACUUCCACUGAAAGUUCGACGUCCACAACAACCGAAAGUAGUACAACAUCCACUGCGAUCCCAACAUCUUCAACAUCAGAAUCAACGACUACGUCCACUGCAAGUCCAUCAGAUUCUACGACAACAUCUACUGAAAGUUCGACGUCCACAACAACCAAAAGUACUUCAAAUUCCUCAACAACAACCGAAAGUAGUACAACAUCCACCGCGAUACCAACAUCUUCAACAUCAGACUCAACGACUACGUCCACUUCAAGUCCAUCAGAUUCAACGACAACAUCCACUGAAAGUUCGACUUCAACAACAACGGAAAGUACUUCAACAUCCACCGCGAUCCCAACAUCCUCAACAUCAGAAUCUACGACUACGUCCACUACAAGUCCAUCAGAUUCUACGACGACUUCCACUGAAAGUUCGACGUCCACAACAACCGAGAGUAGUACAACAUCCACGGCGAUCCCAACUUCUUCAACAUCAGACUCUACGACUACGUCCACUGCAAGUCCAUCAGAUUCUACGACAACAUAUACUGAAAGUUCGACGUCCACAACAACCGAAAGUACUUCAACUUCCUCAACAACAACCGAAAGUAGUACUACAUCCACCGCGAUACCAACAUCUUCAACAUCAGACUCAACGACUACGUCCACUUCAAGUCCAUCAGAUUCAACGACAACAUCCACUGAAAGUUCGACUUCAACAACAACGGAAAGUACUUCAACAUCCACCGCGAUCCCAACAUCCUCAACAUCAGAAUCUACGACUACGUCCACUACAAGUCCAUCAGAUUCUACGACGACUUCCACUGAAAGUUCGACGUCCACAACAACCGAAAGUACUUCAACUACCUCAACAACAACCGAAAGGAGUACAACAUCCACCGCGAUCCCAACAUCCUCCACAUCGGACUCCACGACUACGUCCACUACAAGUCCAUCAGAUUCUACGACGACUUCCACUGAAAGUUCGACGUCCACAACAACCGAGAGUAGUACAACAUCCACUGCGAUCCCAACAUCCUCAACAUCAGACUCUACGACUACGUCCACUGCAAGUCCAUCAGAUUCAACGACAACAUCUACUGAAAGUUCGACGUCAACGACAACCGAAAGUAGUACAACAUCCACCGCUAUCCCAACAUCCUCAACAUCGGACUCUAUGACUACGUCCACUGCAAGUCCAUCAGAUUCUACGACGACUUCCACUGAAAGUUCGACGUCCACAACAACCGAAAGUAGUACAACAUCCACUGCGAUCCCAACAUCUUCAACAUCAGACUCAACGACUACGUCCACUGCAAGUCCAUCAGAUUCUACGACAACAUCUACUGAAAGUUCGACGUCCACAACAACCAAAAGUACUUCAAAUUCCUCAACAACAACCGAAAGUAGUACAACAUCCACCGCGAUACCAACAUCUUCAACAUCAGACUCAACGACUACGUCCACUGCAAGUCCAUCAGAUUCUACGACAACAUCUACUGAAAGUUCGACGUCCACAACAACCGAAAGUACUUCAACUACCUCAACAACAACCGAAAGGAGUACAACAUCCACCGCGAUCCCAACAUCUUCAACAUCAGACUCAACGACUACGUCCACUGCAAGUCCAUCAGAUUCUACGACAACAUCUACUGAAAGUUCGACGUCCACAACAACCGAAAGUACUUCAACUUCCUCAACAACAACCGAAAGUAGUACAACAUCCACCGCGAUACCAACAUCUUCAACAUCAGACUCAACGACUACGUCCACUGCAAGUCCAUCAGAUUCUACGACAACAUCUACUGAAAGUUCGACGUCAACGACAACCGAAAGUAGUACAACAUCCACCGCUAUCCCAACAUCUUCAACAUCAGACUCUAUGACUAUGUCCACUGCAAGUCCAUCAGAUUCUACGACAACAUCUAGUGAAAGUUCGACGUCCACAACAACCGAAAGUAGUACAACAUCCACUGCUAUCCCAACAUCUUCAACAUCAGACUCUACGACUACGUCCACUGCAAGUCCAUCAGAUUCUACGACAACAUCUACUGAAAGUUCGACGUCCACAACAACCGAAAGUAGUACAACAUCCACCGCGAUCCCAACAUCUUCAACAUCAGACUCUACGACUACGUCCACUGCAAGUCCAUCAGAUUCUACGACAACAUCUACUGAAAGUUCAACGUCCACAACAACCGAAAGUAGUACAACAUCCACCGCGAUCCCAACAUCUUCAACAUCGGACUCUACGACUACGUCCACUGCAAGUCCAUCAGAUUCUACGACAACAUCUACUGAAAGUUCGACGUCCACAACAACCGAAAGUAGUACAACAUCCACCGCGAUCCCAACAUCCUCAACAUCAGAAUCUACGACUACGUCCACUGCAAGUCCAUCAGAUUCUACGACGACUUCCACUGAAAGUUCGACGACCACAACAACCGAAAGUAGUACAACAUCCACCGCGAUCCCAACGUCCUCAACUUCGGACUAUACGACUACGUCCACUGCAAGUCCAUCAGAUUCUACGACAACUUCUACUGAAAGUUCAACAACAACCGAAAAUUCUACGACGACUUCCACUGAAAGUUCGACGACCACAAAAACCGAAAGUACUUCAACUACCUCAACAACAACCGAAAGUAGUACAACAUCCAUCGCGAUACCAACAUCUUCAACAUCAGACUCUACGACUACGUCCACUGCAAGUCCAUCAGAUUCAGCGACAACUUCCACAGCAAUUCCGACGUCUACAACAACUGGAAGGAUAACGACAUCUACAGCUAUUUCACAAACAACAGUUUCAGAUUCAAUUUGCAAUGAUUACCCGCUUCUUCCUAUCUGUCAAUCUGGCAAGGCAGUGAACCUUAAAAAAAUGGAAUCCAAUAUGUUUGAAACGAAUCCAGAAGGAACAGUAUUUAAGCCCCAGCAGAAACUCACAAUAACGUCGAUGCCCCAGUCCGUAACUUCCCUGUGCCACUUUUAUCCCCGUCUAUGCUUGAAACCGGAAGAGGCGCAAUUUGUUCGCCUGGCUGAUGAAUAUGGAAAGCCCUUAUUGUUGAUUUCGUCAGUCGAGGGACGAUCCGCCUACUCUCAAAAGCUUCCUGCAUUGUGGCGCGCUAUAAGGAAAACCCAUAGGAAUAAGUAAAAUUUUUAAUUAAUCGCGGAUAUCAUUUGCUUUGUUUUACAAAACACGAACGAAAAUUCGUAUAUUGCAAAUAAUGUAAGAGAGGAGGUAUCAUUUAUUGUAUGGUAGCCAUAUAUGAAAAUGUGUACAUUGGCAGUGAAAAUAUCAGGGAAUAUAAAUUAAACACAUGUAAUUCUAAAUCGUUUUUAAAUUUGAA